UCGAGGAGAGAAUUAAGUGAGAAAUUAGAAGAUAUGUUGCAGUUUCAAGCAGCUUCCAUGAAUCCAAUGAUUCAAUUCUCACCUACCAAGCCCAAAUUCCCUUCUUCUUCGCCAAUUUUCUGCACCAAAACCUCUGUUUCUCAAACAUUUUCCAAUAGUCAGAGUUACAAGAUGGAUUGGUUCCAAGAAUUUGAGCUAAAAGUUCGUGAUUAUGAGCUGGAUCAGUUCGGUGUUGUCAACAAUGCUGUUUAUGCAGAUUAUUGCUACCAUGGUCGCCACGAACUGCUAGAAAGGAUCGGGGUGAGUCGUGAUGCAAUUACUGGGAGAGGGGAUUCCUUAGCGCUAUCAGAAUUGUCUUUGAACUUCCUUUCACCACUUAGAAGUGGAGACAGAUUUGUACUUAAGGUCAGGGUGUCGGGAACCUCAAGGGUUCGCAUCUACAUUCAACACUUAAUCUUCAAGCUUCCAAAUAUGGAGGCAAUCUUAGAGGCAAAGGCUACGGCCGUUUGGGUUAAUAAAAACAAUCGUCCAGUGCGUAUUCCAGAAGAGUAUAUGGCCAAAUUUGCUGAAUUUGUUGGGGAUCAGCAUCACUUCAAAACAGAACAACAAAUAUGAACUUGAUCACUUCUUGCUUUCUCAUAUGCUCAAUAAUACCACACUGAUACUACUAUUGCCAUCUUUCAAAUCUUUACCCCAAUAUAUGUGGUUGAACUUUAAAAAACAUAAAAAUAAACUUACUUUUUAUCCU